UCCCGUAGAUGUUCAGGCGCAGAUGUCAUGUGAAAAGCCGCAUGCUCGCUGAGCGGACGACUCAAACCGUCUGACCACCUCUCCACACUCCACGGCCCGCUCUCUGCUCCGCUCUGCCCAGCGCGUCAACAAGCUCGAGCCUGUUCUGGUCUGGAAUGCUUUUGCACAGAAACAACACUCCCCGAAUGAACGUGGACGACGGCAAACAUUAACAUUGUUGUUGUUUUUUGCCCGAGGAUUUUGCUUUUUAAAAGUAUUUAUGUUUGUUUCUUCAUGACUGCUGCAUUCGGAAGCGAGUCGCACAAACACCACCAUGCGAGCCCAAAUCGAAGUUAUACCAUGCAAAAUUUGCGGAGACAAGUCAUCAGGAAUCCACUAUGGAGUCAUCACGUGUGAGGGCUGCAAAGGGUUCUUCAGACGUAGUCAGCAGAACAACGCUGCAUACUCCUGCCCUCGCCAGAGGAACUGUCUGAUCGACAGGACCAACCGAAACCGCUGCCAACACUGCCGCUUACAGAAGUGUCUCGCACUCGGAAUGUCCAGAGAUGCGGUGAAGUUUGGUCGCAUGUCAAAGAAGCAGCGAGACAGCCUGUACGCUGAGGUGCAGAAGCACCAGCAGCGGAUCCUGAAUGAGCGGCAGCAGCAGACUGGUGAGGCCGAGGCCCUGGCGCGCGUCUACUCCUCCAGCCUGACCAACGGCCUCAACACCCUCAACCACGAGAUCGGAGGCACCUACGCCAACGGCCACGUCAUUGAGCUUCCCAAGGGCCAGGUGAACGGUGGUGCCCCCGGCGGCUACUACCACAGUAUGGACUCCACCCAGCCCUCCCCGGAUCAGUCAGGCCUGGACAUGGCGGGCAUGAAGCACAUAAAACAGGAGCCUGUGUACGACCUGACCCCUGUGACCAACCUGUUCAACUACAGCUCCUACCAGGACAGUCAGCUGGCGCCAAGCAAUGUCAGCAUGGGAGAGCUAGAUCGUAUCGCCCAGAACAUUAUAAAGUCUCACCUGGAGACCUGUCAGUACACAGCAGAUGAGCUCCAGCAGCUGGCCUGGCAGACACACUCCUACGAUGACAUCAAGAUGUACCAGAGCAAAACGCGAGACAUGCUGUGGCAGCAGUGUGCCAUCCAGAUCACCCAUGCCAUCCAGUAUGUGGUGGAGUUUGCCAAGCGCAUCUCAGGCUUCAUGGAGCUGUGCCAGAAUGACCAGAUCCUUCUGCUCAAGUCAGGUUGUCUGGAGGUGGUCCUGGUUAGAAUGUGUCGGGCGUUUAACCCGCUCAACAACACAGUGCUGUUUGAGGGGAAGUACGGCGGCAUGCAGAUGUUCAAAGCACUAGGCUGUGACGACCUGGUCAGCGCGGUGUUUGACUUUGCCAAGAGUCUGUGCUCUCUGCAGCUCACUGAGGAGGAGAUCGCUCUGUUCUCCGCAGCAGUGCUCAUCUCCACAGACCGGCCGUGGCUGAUGGAGCCCAGGAAGGUGCAGAAGCUCCAGGAGAAGAUCUACUUUGCGCUGCAGCACAUCAUGCAGAAGAACCACAUGGAUGAGGACACGCUGGCUAAGCUGAUUGGUCGGAUCCCCACGCUGUCGGCCCUGUGUACUCUCCACACCGAGGAGCUACAGGCCUUCCAGCAGCUUCAUCCCGAGACGGUCAAUGUGCUCUUCCCCCCACUCUACAAGGAGCUCUUCAAUCCCGACCCCAAUGCAGCCAUCACCAUACCCAAGUGACUGCCUACGGUCCAAUCUCAGAGAGUGGACCACAACGUGAACGUGGACGCAUCAUUACCGCAACCGCAAAGCCCGGACCCCAGGCCCGGACCCUCCAGACACUUACAGCCGCAAACACUAGGAAUGUCCAGCACUUAUCCAACCCUAUACACCGAUACAGUCUAAAGAAUGUAUAUAAUGCACCCGUGACCAAGGGGCUCUUCAGAACUGAUCAGAAAUGUACAGACUUUAACUAGCACAUUUAAGCUGUCUUUUAACUGGGUAAGUCAAUUUGUUUAUCUUUGAUACAUUUUUUUUUUUUACAUGAUAUUGUGAUAUUGAAGGUAGGGGAGGGAUUCGUGUGGAUUCAGAAAAACUAUUGUAGGUAUUCUUUAGUACAGAGCGGAUUCCAGUAUUACUUAUUUUUCUGUUCAUAUUUUAGUCCUAAUUUAAAACUACAGCUGCCCUAUGUGGCUGAUACCUUGUCUAUGUGUUUUUUUUAUUUGAUAGAUUCAUGUGUACAGAAUUUGUCAAGUUUAAAUGAGACUUGUUAAAGAAUAUUGGGUUAAACCUGGGGGGUGCUUUCGGUACGUCGAGAAAUCUUGUCUGGGCUCUGUUGAUAUGUGAAGAGGGUAGUGCAUCUUUCAGUUGAGAACUAUUAAACUGUAAAAGAAGGAGUAAAACAAUUAUGGCUACUCUUCAAGGUGAAGAUAUGUACAUAAAUAUUCUAUUUUGUGUGAAAAAAAGUUUCUGGCAGAUUGCCAUCCUGCCAGCCCCCCUAAACCUACCACCACCUCUCUCCACCCCACCUAGCCAAAACGACUGUGUUGAUCUUGGUGUCUUUUCAUGAUGGCUUACUUAGUCAGUGAAUAUAAGAACCCCAGUCACUGCAUAAACCUCUUCCUCUCUACAUCCCCCUCAUUUUGCACAAUCUACGCCCAUGCUAAUCACUGGGCAUCUUAAAUGAAGAAUACUUUCUUUCUCUCUGAGGAGAUAGAACUUUCAAACUGCUUUAUCCUUAUCCUUGCAUUUCUCUGUUAAGCCUCAUCCUUCUAGAACAGUCAAUCACAGGGUAGUCAUGAUUAGCUAGAGUGGAUACACCAGGAUGUCCACUGAUCAUUUCUUUCAAUUUGACUGACAAUCGGACGUUCAAUCUUUCAGAUUAAAAUGGAAACUUGAAACACAUUCCACAUUACAGAGAGUGCUCUCUGGGACUGUAGAUCUUGCACUGCUUAUUCUAGGGGUAAUGGAUAUUCUUCACUGAAACGUUUGCCACUUAAAGUUGCAAUACAUUGUAUAAUCUUUAUAGUAAGCUAUGAUAGACAAUCACUUCCUGUUUUGUUUAAUUUAUGAACAGUUUAGAAUGUUUUUCAAAUGCUUUUUAAAUGUUAAUGCUGAAGAUCUUCGAGGAUUUCCUUCGAUGUUAUAAUAGACACGUUUACGUGUUUCGCACAGUUGCCAAAUCCCUCUGAGCUUUUAGUGGAGAAUAGAUGCUAGCCAGUGCCAGUGUACAGAACAGUAUGACCUGAGACAUUUUCCUCCACUUCCCAUAUGCAUUACCCCCCCACCCUUUCCCAUAUGCAGUGAACACUAUGUUGUCCUGUCAUCCUCUGUAUACAAAGGAUGAGCUUCUAGUCAUAGCUCCCAACCCCCCAUUCCAUACACCCCCCCGGCCCAAAAGUAGUUCCCAUCCCUCUCCCCUCAUAGGUCAGAGGUCAGUUGCUCGUUAAAGACAAUCACUUGCAUUUCGAUGCACGACACAGCAUCUCUCUCAGGGAGCAACAAUUUUUCUGUCUUUGCAUGAAAAUAACAUUUUUACAUUUUUGAAAAAUGUAAGCGUUUUUGGGAGAGAUAAAUAUGCUGGUGGCUCCCAGCGAAGGAACCUACCCAGACAAGGUGUGUGUGUGUGUGUGGGAAAGAUUCACUGUCCGGGUCCAUAUAAUGGGGAGAGCCAUUAUCUACAAUAGUCCCAGAAAUUCCUUUAAUAAUGUCCUGAAAAUAACAUUUUCAGGUGCAUUAAUAAAACCACCCCUGUUCUAGAUAUGCUGCUUGUGUUACAAUGAAGGAAGACCAUAACUAAGCUGGCGCCCAACCAUUCCACGCCUAUAGGACAGUGAAUUCAAACCCACUUUGUUUUUAUUUUCCAUUUCUAGACUGUGAAUCGGGGGGUUGGGUUUGGGGGACGGGGUUGGUCAUCUGAGUGACAAAUCAACACUGUAAGGUACUGUAGCAAUAAUAUCUGGAAAGCAUUUACUACUGUAUUGUAAGAUUAUUUGAAUUUUAUUACUAUUACUAUUAUUAUUAUUAUUAUUGUUAUUAUUAUUACUAUUACUCUUAUAUUACUAUUAGCCUAUUGUCGUUAUGUUAUCUUUGCAUGCCGUUUCAUGGCAAUGAAACAUUGGGGCUUUUGUGUUUUCUCAAGCGAUGCUGUGGGUCAGGGGUGGGAGUGAU